GGAGACCAAGAAGGAGGAGGAGUCAUGGUGCGCGGGAAGCUGGAGGUUCUGCUCAUCUCCGCCAAGGGCCUCGACGACUCCGAUUUCUUCAAUCGGAUGGACCCCUACGUGAUCCUCACCUGGCGCAGCAACGAGCAGAAGAGCACCGUUGCAAAAGGAGCAGGGGGCGAGCCUGAAUGGAACGAGACGUUCGCCUUCAAGGUCUACAGCAGCGCCGACAACUCCCCGCAGCUCAGCCUCAAGAUCAUGGACAGCGACACCUUCUCGGCCGACGAUAUUGUCGGAGAAGCAAGCAUCCCGCUGGAGGCCGUGCUCCUGGAAGGAAGCCUGCCGCCGACCGUGCACCGGAUCGUCAAGGACGAGGAGUACCGCGGGGAGAUCAAGAUUGCGCUCACCUUCACCUCAGCAGAGGAAAAUGAGGAGGAGGAGAGCUAUGGCGGCUGGAACCAAUCGGCCUGA